GUUCACAUAUGGUGGUAUUUCCCCUACGCAUCACACACAGAGCACUGCACUCUAAAGAUCUUUGAAGGGAAUGGUCAAAUUGUUAAAUUGGUGUUCUAUGAUAUACAUUUGUAGUGGUGAUAUGAAGUUUGAAACAUACAAACUAAUUGGCCUAAAAAUUAUAAUGGUGAUGACAUCCACACAUUAGAGUUGGAAGGCAGCAAAUGUGGGAAAUGAGGCAAAUCUAAAUGAUGCACUCGAGGAAAUAGAGAAGGUAAGUGCUUUAGUUGUCGCUUCUUUUCCCAUAUUGACAAUAGCCGCCAGUGAGAAUGCCAUUUUUUAACUUCAGGUCUGUUAACUUCAAGUUUGCCAUUUUGUUGGGUGCUCAUCUCACACUACUUAUUGUUUUUGCUCACUAUAGAUGGUUCAAGUUAGCAUUAAUAAUUUUAUAUUUACCCCAAAAAAGUGAGCACUUUCGAAGGAGUAUAGCUUAGUCUAUUUUUUGUUGUGCUGACUUUUUUCCCAUUUAAUCUCCUUCUGCAAGAUUGCAGCUAUACUUGAUCGGGCAUAAUAUGAUUCAAUUUGUACCAGUUGUUUAUGCCUCUGGUGAAGAGGUUGGUGAAAAGGAGAAUUUCAACAUUUCUGCUUUGGCUUACACAUCGAGAGAAUUUGAUGAGUCAAAGUGCUUAGAUGAACAGUUCCAAAAGUCAAGACUGGACAAAGACAAUGGGACGGAGGUAGUAUAUAUAAAUAAUCUAUAUGUUAAGACGAAUCAAACAAGAUCACACAGGACUGUUGGAUUAAGGAAUCCAAGGGUAGAGGAAAAGGAGAAAAUGUGUCAAGAUGAAGAAGAUGAUGAAUAGUGUAGCCUCCAUUGUUUCCUCCACCUCCCCCUCCCUCUUCCUAGAAGAGGGGUAUAAAUAGGGAGAGUUAGGGUUAGGGUUUGAGCAUACAUACAAACUAAUGGGCCGACCCAAGGCCGCCCCUAAAAAGUAAUUAAUACACGAUAAACGGGCUUGUCCAACAGACUGGACCGUCCCAACCAAUAUUAUACAAAGACCGGAUACCCCGUGUCCAGGGUAUCCAUCAUGAGUCCCCCACUUCCCGAGCCGAGAGGAACUCGAGGCGAAGUGGAAGUAAACAAUAAUCCACCACUGAAGGGCACCGUCUUCCUUGCGUCUGGAGUGCACCGCCAACUCGCUAUCCCGAGCACGGUGAAGUAAGGCAAGCAACGUCAUCAGGUCAGAAACGUAAUGCCAAUUCGCUGUUCGGAAUGGCAAAAAGAAACACAUACUCUGCUCAUUGUUUUGAAAUGAUUUGCUCUCGUAUAAAGUACAUCUUUGGUUCGCUGUUCAAAGUGCAACAAUCACCAUAAGGGUGGAUGAAUAAGUCGUCAUCCUUCCACCAUCCCGUCAAUGUGUGACCCACUCCACGGGGGAUGCCUCAUUAAAAACUUGCCGAGGAAAAAACCCAUGAGGAUGGGAAAAAAUCCUCAGUCAAGAAAAGAGUACAUCUCGUCCCACAGAGUAGAUCAAGAAAACAUUGCUAGGGUGUGAAAUCUUCUGUGUGGAUCUCAAAAGAGGUGAUCUUCAAGUCCCCCGGACUCGUUGUCCGGAGUCGAGGGCUCUCCUGAUGUGAGAUGUAACAAUCACAAGCCGAGCACCCGGAGUUCCCCACUCCCUAAGCCGAAGAAGAAUUUCGAGGUGAAGGGGAGUAGUGUCAAUGCUCGGCACCGGCGAGAGUCUCUGGCUUCCUCAUGAGAUGGCCGAGGCCAAGCUCGAGUUGAUGAGGCCGAGCUCGAGUGGAUGAAGCCGAGCUCGAGUUGAUGAGGCUGAGCUCGAGUGGAUGAGGCUGAGCUCGAGUGGAUGAAGCCGAGCUCGGCUUGAUGAGGCCGAGCUCGCGUUGAUGAGGCCGAGCUCGAGUGGAUGAGGCCGAGCUCACGUUGAUGAGGGCGAGCUCGCGUUGAUGAGGGCGAGCUCGAGUGGAUGAGGCCGAGCUCGCGUUGAUGAGGCUGAGCUCGCAUGGAUGAGGCCGAGCUCGCGUGCCCCACGAGGUGGUCGAGGCCGAGCUCAAGUGCCUCACGCGGUGCCUAAGGCUGAGCCUAGCCUUCUCAUCCUUCAAACCUGCAAAAUAAGUUCAAAAAAGAACACAAGGCGCUCGCGGGCUCAGAUAAACCGAUCACCAUGCGACCGAGAAAAGUAAGUCAAUGUACGAGUCAAGUCACAAAAGAUAGGCCUUAUCAGCGAAGUGUGUCAAUCGUGUAGUAGUCUGGUCUAGAACAAACCUUGAUGUCAUCCUUAGUGAGACCGGGGUCUUCAAAUGAGGGCUGCUCGGGUAAGUGAGAUAGGCACAAGUGAUGCACCCCUCGCCUUAGAUCCGAGAGCGAAUAGUUCACGUCGUGGAAGACGGAUGUAUAGGAGUGCGUCGAGAUAGACGGCUUACCUCAGCCUCGCGAAUAGUAUCGUCGCGGACGAUUUGGAGUGCCUCGCGGAGAGGGCUUACCUCGACCUCGUGGAAGAGGAAAUAAGAUCGCGUCGUGAAAGACGGAUAGGAGCGCGUCGCGGUGGACGUCUUACCUCGGCCUCGUGGAAGAGGGAAUGAGAUCUCGUCGUGGAAGACAGAAAGGAGUGCGUCGAGAUAGACGGCUUACCUCGGCCUCGCGAUAUUAUCGUCGCGGACGAUCUUCAACACCUCGUAGAGAGAGGUUUUACCCGGCCUCACUAAGGAAUGACUAAAUGAGUUGGACCUGAGCCAUGCCCUGAGGCAGGUCGCUGGCCUGUGUGGGGUGUGAGAUUAAGCUUUGCGCUUGUUCCACAUCAGGGCUUAAAGUGUUGAGCACAAAGUGU